CAGGCCCGUUCUUCUGCGCAGAGAUUUUCCUCCACGCCCACUGCUUGCUGUGCUCCCAGCCUGGGUGGGCUUCCCCCCCGGUGAGCCCAGGGCCCCUCCAUGCAGGCCCCAGGCCCUCCUUCCCUGACGGUCUCCUCUCCUGCCUCACGUGCCCCUCUAGGGCUCCAGGACCAUUCUGUGCCACGAAACCACCCUGCUCCGUCAGCUGAGCGCCGUCAGCCUCGGACCUGCCCCUGCCACGCUGUGCCCCACGCCCCCUCCCGCCCCCUCCGUGGGCCUGCUCUGCCCGGCAUCUUUCUUGUUGAACCUGCGGUGUGUGGAGGAGCCCGUGAAGCGUGAGGACCCCUGAGUGUGAGCUGACGGCGAGGCAGGCUUGGCCAGCCCGGGACCCACCUGCGUUGGCUGUGCCCCUGGCCCUGCUGGCAUUUACAGGAUUUUGGAAGGGGGGCUGCCCAGCUGGGGCUUCCACACACGCAUGUGCGGGGCCUUUCCGGGUUAGGAGGAGGGAGCCUCGGUGCAGAAGAUGCCAAUGGGGAAUCUGCUGGUUCUGGGGCACCUCGGGUGGGAUGGAGGAGGGCCCCGGUGCCCACCCCGGCCGGGACUCGCCUCCUCAUAGGCAAACUGUCAGCGCCUGCACACCACUGGAGGGGCCGCAAAACAUCGAGGCCACCUGCAGUUCUAGGCAGAGGUUGAGACACGCCCCGCUGGGCCGUUGCGGGCUGAGGAUGGACACACCCGCCCGGCGAUGUCUCUGGGCCGCCUCCUCCGCCGGGCCUCCUCCAAAGCCUCAGACCUCCUGACCCUCACCCCGGGUGGCAGUGGGCCCCCCUCAGUCCUGGACGGGGAGAUCAUCUACUCCAAGAACAAUGUCUGCGUACACCCACCAGAGGGGCUGCAGGGGCUGGAGGAGCACCACCCAGGGUACUUGUGCCUGUACAUGGAGAAGGACGAGCUGCUGGGAGCCACCCUCAUCCUCGCCUGGGUCCCCAACUCGCGGAUCCAGAGGCAGGACGAGGAGGCGCUGCGCUACAUCACCCCCGAGAGCUCCCCAGUGCGCAAGGCACCCCGUCACCGGGGACGGCGCACCCAGAGCUCGGGGGCCCCCCACCAGUCGUUGCCCACGGAGCCAACCCUGAGCCCCAAAGACGAGGAUGGCCUGGGGGUGGCUCCGAGCUCCCGGGAGGCCGAGCCCGUCAGCCCUGCGACUGAGGACGGCGAGACGCUGCCGGGACUGGGGGUCGCCGGCCCCCUCCCCACCUCGCCGCCGGCCCCCGCUGACUCGGGGACCCUGUCGCGGCUCAGCCCGCAGGAGGGCCCCGGGGAGGGCUCCCUGGAGCUGUCGGCCGGCGGCGGGAGCAGGGACGGCUCCUUCGACUCGGACUCCGACGCCUUCUCCUCGCCCUUCUGCCUCUCGCCCAUCAGCGCGGCCCUCGGGGAGAGCGGCAGCUCCGUGUUUCUGGAAAGCGGAAGCAGCUCCCCCUCCAGCUCGGAUGCAAAGCUGCGGUUCCCCGAGAGCAACGGCCUCCUGCAGACCUCCCGGUGGGACGAGCCACAGAGGGUGGGCGACCUGGAGCAGAUCUGCGGCGUGUUCCGCGUCGACCUGGGACACAUGCGCUCCCUGCGCCUCUUCUUCAGUGACGAGGCCUGCACCAGCGGCCAGCUGGUGGUUGCCAGCCGGGAGAGCCAGUACAAGGUCCUCCACUUCCACCACGGCGGCCUGGACAAGCUGGCGGACGUGUUUCAGCAGUGGAGAUACUGCACCGAGACGCAGCUCAGGGACCAGGGCGCGGCUGAGAGGACGUGCAUGCAGUUCUCCAUCCGGCGACCCCAGCUGCCGUCCGCCGAGACCCACCCCGAGGAGACCCUCCACGGGCGCCUCGACGUGGCCGCCUGGCUCGAGCACCUGAACGAGCAGGGCCAGGUGGAGGGCGAGUACCGGCUGCGCAAGGCCAUUUUCUUCGGCGGCAUUGACGUGUCACUCCGCGGGGAGGUCUGGCCCUUCCUGCUGCGCUACUACAGCCCUGAGUCCACGUCGCAGGAGCGCGAGGCGCUGCGUGUGCAGAAGCGCCGGGAGUACUGCAGCAUCCAGCAGAGGAGACUCUCCAUGACCCCCGAGGAGCACGGAGCCUUCUUGCGCAACGUGCAGUUCACGGUGGACAAGGACGUGGUGCGGACAGAUCGCAGCAACCAGUUCUUCCGCGGGGAAGGCAACCCCCACGUGGAGAGCAUGAGGAGGAUCCUGCUGAACUACGCCGUGUACGACCCGGCCACUGGCUACUCCCAGGGCAUGUCGGACCUGGUGGCGCCCAUCCUGGCCGAGGUCCUGGACGAGGCGGACACCUUCUGGUGCUUCGUCGGCUUGAUGCAGAACACCAUCUUCGUCAGCUCUCCCCGGGACGAGGACAUGGAGAAGCAGCUGCUGUACCUGCGGGAGCUGCUGCGGCUGACGCACCUGCGCUUCUACCAGCACCUGGCCUCGCUGGGCGAGGACGGCCUGCAGAUGCUCUUCUGCCACCGCUGGCUGCUGCUGUGCUUCAAGCGCGAGUUCCCCGAGGCCGAGGCGCUGCGCAUCUGGGAGGCCUGCUGGGCCCACUACCAGACCGACUACUUCCACCUCUUCGUCUGCGUGGCCAUCAUCACCAUCUACGGGGAGGACGUCAUCGAGCAGCGGCUGGGCGCUGACCGGAUGCUCCUGCACUUCGGAAGCCUGGCCAUGCGCAUGGACGGGGAGCUGGUGCUCAGGAAGGCGAGGAGUUUGCUGUACCAGUUCCGCCUGCUGCCGCGGAUCCCCUGCAGCCUGCACGACCUGUGCAAGUUGUGCGGGACGGGCAUGUGGGACAGCGGGUGCAUGCCCGCCGUGGAGUGCACUGGCCUCCACCCAGGCUCCGAGAGCUGCCCAUACGGGGGCACAGUGGAGGCACCUUCGCCCAGAUCCCCCCAAGAGGGCGAGAAGGGCCCCCAGUCUCCUCGGGGUGGCUUCAGCUUCCGCAAAUAGGUUGGCUCCUGUGCCGGACAAGGGGUGAGGGGAGCAGCCCGGAGGUGCCGGCCUGUGGAGGAAGGGAGAGGUGUGGAGGGCCCGGGGGGAGGGGCAGAAGCAUAAGAAAAUCGCCUUUGGGGCACACAACUGGAACCUUUUCACAUUAAUGACAAAAUCAGAGUCUGGAAGUGACAGAAGUGAGACCCGCACCUGCCCAGAAGAGGGUUAGCUCCUGAAACGUGGGAACUGGGGUGCAUGGCAGCUCCCCGAGAGGGGUUGGCCACCCCUCCUGGUGCCUGCCUUUGGUGGAUUUCAGCGUGGCCCAGGGACGUCCCCAGCUUCCUCUGCCACCGAGCGGCACUGCCAGGCAACGGGCAAGGAGGGCCGGGAGAGGAUGGCCCAGUUCACCCACAAGCCCUGCGAUCUGCAGAACAGAGAGGGGUCCUCUCCGGGCCCGGAGACAUCUUUGCAAGCCAGACAUGCCCCCUCAUCGGACCCCACUGUCCGAGAGACACACACUCCCCACGGCUUCCCUGGCCACCACUGUGAAGCUGGUGUGACGACGUCUGCCAAAAAACGAAAACAGAAAAACAAAAAACCCAAAACUGAUCUCAGGACGGAGGGGCCUGAGAGCCGCAGGAGCAGUGAGGAGCUCGGGGUUUUUAACCUGGUCCGUCUGAGUGUUGUACACGCCUCGAAGUGAAAGAAGCCGCCUGCUCUGGAGCGCGGGCCACGGGCUGUUGGGGGGUCAGAGUCUUCUGAGCUGCUGGGUUUCCUCGGCCCACCAAACACAGCAACUAACCGGGGACCAAAUUCGUCAGGCAGUGCGUGUGCGUGAGUGUGUGUGUGCGUGCAUGCGUGUACGUGUGCAUGAGUGUGUAUGCGUGUACAUGAAUAUGGGUGCGUGCAUGCAUGUACAUGUGUACGUGUGUGCAUGUGCAUGGGUGUGUAUGCGUGUGCAUGAGUAUGGGUGCGCGUGCAUGCGUGUACGUGUGUGCAUGAGCAUGAGUGCGUGUGUGUGCGUGCAUGAGUGUGUGUGUACAUGCAUGCGUGUGCAUGCACGUGCACACAUUCACAUGCAAUAUCUCCAGGAGACUGUCCAAGGAGCGUGGUUGUCCAUCACUGACCAGCUGAGCUCGGGCUUCCCUGCAGGGCCUGCCUCUCUGAAAGUGGGUUUUCUCCACUUCAGCCUCUCAGGUGACACGGGUGGCCGCAAUUACUAGCCAGCACUCGGGGCGCCUCUGCUUUCUGGGUGGGCAUGAGGCCUUCCAGCAGUUUCCCUCCUCAGAGUCAUUCCUUCUGGGAUGUAGGGAGGGCAGGCAUGGGCAUCUGACUCUGACGUAAGAGCUCCCAGCCACUUGGAGAAUGUUGGGCACGGAGCUCCUGGCCUUGAACCUUCCAGCACAUCCUUCUCCUGGGCUGAGAGUCGUUGUGGGGAGUCUUGGGGAGACUUAGAGUUCAGUGGUGAGGGUCCCAGAGUGGGUGGGGGUGGACCUCUCAUCCAGUGCACUUCUGGGAAAAGAGAGUUGUGUUUCUGUGUUGGCCCCUGACGACCGAGCAGGGUUGAUUCCAUCUCUUGGGGAAAUAGCCGCAGCUCACCAGGCAUGUCCUUGUGCACUGACCCUCCUCUAAGAACUUCAUCCUCAGGAUCGGGUAUAUCAGUUAGCCGUUGCCACAGUAAUGCUGCAUAACAAAUACCCCACCCCCUUAAGCCCAGUGGCUUUUGCACAUCCAGCUCUCGAGCCUGCAGGUCAGCAGUUCUCAUCGAGCUCUUAUGGCUGGGGCAGCGGGCUGUCAGCUGGACACUCACUCAUCUGGGCAUCAGACCCGGGCUGCUGGCACUUGGCGCUGCUCCAGGUGGCUUGCACCCCACCCCCUGCAGGCUCACCUGGGUGAAGGCAAAGGUGCAGAAGCGGAAAUACAGGGCACCUUGCCCAGCUUUGACCUGCAUCACCCCAGCUCCCAUCCUGCUGGCAGGGACGAGGCACGUGGCUGGACUCAGCAUCAGGGGCUGGGAAAAUGGACUCCCCCACUGUAGUGGGAGCAACUUCAUCAUGUGGCCGUGGGCUGGGAAUACAAGAAGACCAGGGCCGUUAUUGCCAUCCGUCUGCUACCACCAAGAAGUCUCGGUCCAAGUGAAAUGCCAUCUUCCAGGGGCAUUGACUUUCCCUGGAGAGACAGGAGGUGCCUGAGCAGGGAAAGGGGCAUUCUCCCUGCACCCCCUCCAUGAGGAUAGCGUGUGGCCUGUCCGCCGUGCGUGCCCACCUUGUGCCUUGGGUCUCCUGUGUUCACCUGGGGGCAGUGCAGGCAUCUGCUUGCUGCAGACUCCUGGGUGGAAAGUGUCCAUUCUGCAACUCCUGGCUCUGCUGCCGUCGUCCCCACAGCUCCCCAAGACCUGGCCCCGCUGCCUCCAUGUACCAAGUGCACCCUGCGUUUCCCCCAGGCCCCUCCGCUCUGCAGAGGCUGGAGCAGCCCCACCCCUCGCAGGACUCCCUUAAUCUGGAUGCAAUUAUGGGGGGAACCGCAGAGCACCCUGCGGCCGCCACUGCCCCCAGGACUUUUCCCAGCCAGUGAAAGGCAUUAAGCGGAUAAUUCAGUCAUUAGAGAGCUGGCCUUCCCCCUGCCCGGACGUGCAAAUGUGGGAUAAUAAGCCCAGUGUGUCCCUCCUCGGCGACGCUGCUUAUUUAACCCAUUUUUUAAAAUGACACUUAAUGUUCUC